UCGCGUCCAGACCGCGAGAUGAGGAGCAAUGGCCAUAAUAGAAAACAAACCUGCGGUGGAAUUUGACACAGUGUUCGGUCGAGACGACUCCGUGGAGGUGUCCGCUCACCGCGACCACGAGGCCGCACACGCACGGGUCUUCAAGAUGAUCGUGAUCGGGGACUCGAACGUGGGGAAGACGUGUCUCACGUACCGAUUCUGCGGAGGCACUUUCCUGAACAACCAGGAGGCAACGAUCGGGGUCGACUUCAGAGAGAGGACGCUGCAGCUCGACGGGGAGAGCAUCAAGUUGCAGAUCUGGGACACGGCCGGUCAGGAGCGCUUCAGGAGGAGCAUGGUGGAGCACUACUACCGCAGCGUGCACGCCGUCAUCUUUGUGUACGACGUGACCAGCCUGGCCUCCUUCGAGAGCAUCCCCGAGUGGAUCGAGGAAUGCAGCCGUCACUGUGUGGGGCCCCUGGUGCCCCGCAUCAUGGUGGGAAACAAGUGCGACCUGAGGGACCACCGGGAGGUCCCCACGGCCGCCGCCCAGUGUCUCGCCGACAGAUACAACUUCCCGCUGUUUGAGACUUCGGCCAAAGACCCCGCUGAGAAGGAACACGUGGAUGCCAUCUUUCUGACGAUAGCCUACAGGCUGAAGAGUCACAAACCUCUGAGACUGAAGCAGCUGAGUGAGAGCAGCAGCGUGACCCAUCUGUGGAACCAGAGAGAGCAGGAAUCCGCAACGUGUCAAUGCUGAGGUCACCUCCAUCCUGUAUGGAUGCACACAGAGUGUGAACGAAGGUCACCACGGCCGUCAGGAACAAUUAUGAUGCUGAGGAACGCAGCGUUGACCCGAGCUUCAAAACACUGACACUGACCUCCAAAGACGUCUUGUGAUUUAAGGAUUAAAAAAUACAGAAGCCUCCUAUGAUUUUACACUUCUCCCUUCCUACUGUAAGGCACAGUUAGUAGCAGUAUGGAUGAUUGGGUACACAUAAGUUUGCACCAUAUUAAAUCAACAUUUCAGUGAAAUGCACUAAUCGAUAUGGAGUUGUGACGAGUAUCCGUUGCUCAAACUGCACAUAAAAGUACUUUGAGUCAAAACGCAGCAUUGCAGAGUACAUUUUAGUACGUAGGCGAAUUAUAUGCAAUCAGCCGUCUAGCAGCACUAUAACAUACAUUAUCUCUUGAAUCCGAUGCGGACAGUACGUUUAAGGGAAAAAUAUAUUUCGGUGUGCAUGAAGGGACCAAUAAUGUAAACUGAAACUGUGACGAAAACUGUGCAAUCACUCUUUAUCAAGUGUUUUAAAGUGAUAUCUUAAAGAGAGUAUAACCGCAAUAUGAGGUUUGAUGCUGUAAUAGGAAGAUUUCCUGCUUUAUGGUGUCAGAAGAAAAGGAAACACACUUGACUUCUGCUUUUGUUGUAUGUGUUCAAGAAUGCAAUUAUUGGGAUAUUUGUCACAAUUGUAAAGCUGCAAACCAAUAAAAGUGGUUUUAUCCAUUUA